CGCGCCAUUUUAAGAAAGAAACAACUCGUUCUGCGCGAGGAGAAGACACGUCGGGUAUUGUGUGGACCAAAAUACACACAAACUACUACGAGGAUAUACGAAAUUCAUGCACGAAGAUUUCCACAGACACACACAGAGGGUUUUUGGGUUAAAUUGAAUGCGAAGCUGAGGUGAACAAUGACUCAGUUUCUUCCCCCAAACCUGUUGGCAUUGUUUGCUCCGCGGGAUCCGAUACCGUUCCUGCCCCAGCUUGAGAAGCUUCCCCAUGAGAAACACCACAAUCAGCCGUACUGCGGAAUUGCCCCUUUCAUUCGGCAUUUUGAGGACCCCAGAGAUGCCCCACCACCGACAAGAGCAGAGACACGGGAGGAGAGGUUGGAAAGAAAGAGAAGAGAGAAGAUGGAAAGGAGGCAAGUAAUGGUGGAAACAGAGCUAAAGCAAUGGGACCCACACAACGAUCCUAAUGCUCAGGGAGAUGCAUUUAAGACCUUGUUUGUGGCUCGAGUUAAUUAUGACACCACAGAAUCCAAGCUGCGUCGUGAGUUUGAAGUCUAUGGUCCUAUCAAGCGGAUCUACAUUGUGUACAACAAGAAAACUGGAAAACCAAGAGGCUAUGCAUUUAUCGAGUAUGAACACGAGAGAGACAUGCACUCUGCCUACAAGCAUGCAGAUGGUAAAAAGAUUGAUGGACGUCGAGUCCUUGUAGAUGUUGAAAGAGGACGAACAGUCAAAGGAUGGCACCCUCGUAGACUUGGUGGAGGUCUUGGUGGUACAAGGAGAGGCGGGGCAGAUGUUAACAUCAAACACUCAGGCAGAGAUGACACCUCCCGAUAUGAUGACCGACCAAUUGGAGGUGACCGGGAUCGUGGUGAGCGCAGGGAUCGCAGUCGUGAACGAGACCGAGACAAGGAGCGUGGAGAGCGUCGGCGCACUCGUUCCCGAGAAAGGCGCAGACGCACCAGGUCUCGUGAGCGAGAAAGGGGCAUUGGUGGUCCAGCGGAGGAGACUGCAGGCAGCAAUCGACGUCGAGACCGGGAAAGAGAGCGAGGUGUUACUGGAGGGAGCAGAGAAAGAAGUAAAGACAGAGAUAGAGAGAGAGACCGCAAGAGGAGAAGCAGAAGCAGGGACAGAAAGAGAGACCGGGAAAGAGGGAAGGGUGCAGAUGGAGGCGAAGAGGGUGUGGGCGGGCUAGCUGAUGGUAUGAUGCCAGAAGGAGGAGAAAGGGGUAUGGAGGACUCCUUGGCUGGUGAACCAGGACGGGGAGAGGAGGGAGGGCCAGAAGGAGAGGAGAGGGGUAGGGAGAGAGACAAAGAGAGGGACAGAGACCGGGACAGGAAGCGCAGCCACAGAGAUAAGGACAGGGACAGGGAUCGCGACAGAAGGCGAGACAGGGAUAGAGAUCGUGAGCAUAAGCGUGACAGGGGUGAUCGGGACCGUGGAGACCGAAGGGAAGACAGGCAUGUAUCCUCCUCGGGCGAUCAGGAAGGUGUGGGUAAUGGAGGUGAGGAGGGUGAAGAGCCAGUACCACCACAAUCAGAGGAAGGCUCACAGGAUGGGAUGAGGAUGAUGAUGAUGGAUCAGGAUUCCAUGCAGUCAGGAGAGGGCUAUGCCUCCAAUGAGAAUGGAUACAGGAUGGAGGCCCAGGGGGAUGAGUACUGAAAGUUCCAGAUAUUGCGAAUGAUCCAAGGUCAUCCAGUUGUAAUGUUUAUUUGAUUCACAAAUGUUCUCCCCCUCACCCAUUAUUUAAUGUCUCCACUCUUGCUUGCACUAUAUCCACAUUGGUGUGUGAGUAUUUUACUGUACUACAAACAGCUAUAACUGAGAGAGCUUGGUGUCUCUCUGGUAAGAAGCGUCCUUUUUGUUAAAAGAUUGCUUAGCUGGACUGUGAUUUUUAUUUUAACCCAGUUGACUUUUGGGUGACUUGGCUUUCAUGCAUCAUUAAAUAACUGGCUUUAUGACUCAUUUCAGUUCCCUGUCUAAAAUAAACUUUAAAGAUCACUUGACUGAGGCACUCUGUAUUUUACUACAGUGUAGAAUAUUCAAUAGGGGAUAAGUAAUUGUCAAAUAAUUUUGGGUUGUUUAGUACCAUUAUAUCAAAGCUGUUUAAUUGUUGACUACAAGAGUAAUUUCUUGAUGGUUGGUUUAAACGCAGUCUGAACAAUGUUUCUUUUGUUGGUCAUUUUUUUCCCUGUU